ACCAAUUGUACACACACGGAAUUCAUUAUGAUCAGACACACAGGCAAGAUGGCGGAGGGAGAUUCAUGGGAUGCUGACACUUUCGAUCCGGACGAGCUGGUUAUCGGAACCAAGAAGGCUGUUGUGGCGGACAAAUGGGAAGGCGAGGACGAGGAUGACAAUAUCAAGGACAACUGGGAUGAUGACGAGGAGGAAUGUAAAAAAGCAGAAGAGAAAAAAGCAGCAGAGACAAAACUUUCUGAGAAGAAGAAAUUAGCUGAAAAAAUCAAAGAAAAGGAAAGUUUACAAAUGAAAAAACAAGAAGAGCUGAGAAAGCGGUUAGAGGAAUCACAGGAAACAGAACUCUCACCGGAGGAUGAGCUAGCAGAGAAACUCAGAGUGAAGAAGCUACAGGAGGAAGCUGAUCUUCUAUUGGCUCAGGAGGCUUUCGGUGUCGCCAACAACGUCAAAGGAAUUGAUGGUAUAAGCCCGUCUUCUAAAGAUGAGUUCACAGAGUUUGAAAAGUUGUUAAAAGACAAGAUAUCACCUUUUGAGAGUUCCAUACACUAUUCCGGCUUCCUAGAGUCCUUGUUUCGAGACCUAUGUCUCUCACGUAAGUAUUGAUUUAAUAAUAUACAGUUUGAAAAGUAACCAAUGUUAUUGGCCAUGCAUCUCAACGGUCAGUGGGGCCUGUAUUAUGUCCCUGUAUUAUAUGAAAUAAUGU